AGAAGGAUAUGAAAUGACCAGGAAACUGGGCCCCCGAAACACCUUGGAAAGUGCCGAAUACGUGAAGGUCAUAACAGCUUCGCUGAACGCCAAGGACUUCCGGGAGCGGAUCAGCGCCAUCAGACAACUGUUAGCAGACACAGAGAGCAACCAGGACCUUGUGGUUGCAAACAUUGUGAAGAUCUUUGAUGCUUUCAAGUCCCGCUUGCACGACUCCAACAGCAAAGUCAACCAGGUGGCCCUGGAGACCAUGCGCCAGCUGAUCCCCCUGCUGAAAGAGAAACUCUCCCCGGUCAUCAACAUGCUCAUCCCUGCCUUGGUGGACAACAACCUGAACUCCAAGAACCCUGGCAUCUACGCUGCGGCCACCAGCGUCAUCCAGGCCCUUUGCCAGCAUUUAGACAAUUACCUGCUUCUCCAGCAAUUCUGCACCAAAGCCCAGUUCCUGAGUGGAAAAGCCAAACAAGAUGUCACUGAGAUACUAGCUGAGCUGGUGGUCGAGUUGUAUCCCCGGAAGCCUCACGCUGUGGAGCAGAAAGUCCUGGUGGUUUUGUGGCAUCUCUUGGGCAACAUGACCAACAGCGGCUCCUUGCCUGGAGCCACCGGCAACAUCCGGACAGCCACUGCUAAAUUGUCAAAAGCGCUUUUUGCACAAAUGGGUCAGAAUCUGCUCCUGCAGGCUGCCUCCCAGCCCCCGCACAUCAAACGGACCUUGGAGGAGUUCCUUGACCAGGCGACCUGAGGCGCACCCAGCCGGGGCUGGAUCAGAGACUGGGUUUGCGUGGGGUGGAGCGGAGCGGUCUCGGUGGGGGGGUUUCCUUUGCAGUGCCUGUGUUGUUCACCCAGAAGCGGACUGUCCUGAACAACCAAUUGAGGAGGGCUUGGCUGUUCCGGCCCAAGUCCCGCACCUCUACCAAAAUCAGUAUGGCGCUUGUAGCGUCUUCUCUUCCUUGGUGCUGGCCCAGCAACCUGCGGAGUAGGGCAGCGACACACGUCUUGGGAGGCAAAGUCCAGUCCUGCUCGCUUGCACUCUUCCGUGGACUUUGUGGCACGCCUGCCCUGAACAUGCUGACGGAGGUGAAACACUAAAAUAGGAGUAGUUUUAAUCAUGAAAUCAUGUUAACGACUCAUCCUCUCAUGUAGCCUUACGCGGAAACACAAAAUUCUCGAGACACGCGUGUGACAUGCAGGGUUCUGUGUGACGUUUGUGAACAAAGGUGUCUUUUUUUUUCCACUCGGUCCCCCUCAAGACUUCGCAGUGUUAGCUUCGCUUCUCCUGCUGUGGGCAAACCACACCCGCUUGACGCUUGGGCAUAAUUAGCUGCAUCCUCUUGCAAAACUUUUAACAGGUCAUAAUGAAGCAUGUUGACCAAAAUUUAUAGAAAACGAAUAAUUUUUACAGAUUUCGAACACGUCUUAAGAAACGUAACGUGUCGAACGUCACUUUCAUAUUUCCAGCGUGGAAAAACGAGACUGAAUUUUAUGUCUGUCCAAAAUUUAUAAAGGUGUUUAACUUCUCUGCCUUGCUGUGCAAUUCUCAGUGAUAUAAUAGUGCCAGUUCUUCUCUUCUUCCUCAAGUACUGUAUUCAUUUGAAGCAAAGAAUGUUCUGAAAAAAUAAAUGGAUUUAUUUCUGUA